AUGCGAGUCCACCUCGCUCUCACCACCCUUCAGUUUCGCGUUUCGUUUUCCCUUUCAACAUAUCUUCCCUGUUCCCAUUCCUGGUACCCCAUUCCACGUUCCGCUUCUGGAGUUCGCCUACCGCAACAUGACGGUCCUCCUGGAGUUCGCCUACCGCUACAUGGCGGACGUGCUGAGCUAGGCCCACAUGUACGCGGAGCAUGCAGCUUCGUUCCGCUUCCCAAGUCGUUUAUUCCUUUCCUUGGCUACACCAUAUCCCGCUCCUUCCCUGAUAACCAGCUCCUAGAGUUCGCCUAUCGAUACAUGACGGACGUGCUGGGCGAGGCUCGUGUGUACGCGGAGCAUGCGGGGCAUGCGGCCCUGGAGGUGGAUGAUGUGCGCCUGGCCGUGCAGGCCAAGGUCUCUACUUCAUUCUCCCAGCCGCCGCCAAGAGAGGUGCUCAUGGAGCUCGCUCGAGCACGCAAUGCCGUGCCCAUCCCGCCCAUAGCCGGUUCUGGGCUCUUUGCACUGCCACCCGAGGCCGAGUGCCUGCUGCAGCCCAACGUGCAGAUCGCCGUUCCUCUGCCCGGCCCUGCGGCUCGUGGAUCGCACAAGAGGCAGCGUGACGGAGACACAGGAGGGAAGGCAGGGGGAAGGGGAGGAGGGGGGAAGGGAGGGGAAGCUGCAGCAAGAGUAAAGAAGGAGCAAGGGGGAGCGGAGCUACAAGAUGGGAAAGCUGGUGUAGGGGGGGCUAAGACCGUCGUCGCAGCACGCAAUCCCAACGCGUUAACGCCGUGUCCGUCGCCGCAGCCCACUCCAGGCUCCACCACCUCCUCCUCCUCCUCCAAUUCCGCGCCUCACUCGUCGCAUCCCUCACGCGUUUCACACACACUUCAGCCGACUGCUCCCCUUCCUGCUAAGGCCCUGACCUUCGAGUUCAACCACGUGUUCGGCUAUGAUUCGUCCAAUUUCGAGGUAUACACCGAGUUUUGCAAGGGAGCGGUGGAGCGGGCUGUGGCGGGGUGCAGAGCGGUGGUUCUGUUGUACGGGCAGACAGGCACAGGCAAGACACAUACCAUCAGCGGAAGCGACGUGGAAGCGGGGGUCUUUCACCAUGCCAUGGCAGAUGUCUUCCGAGCAGCACAGAGUGAUGACGUGUCUCAUCUUCGUGCCAGGUUUCAGAGUGCUGACGUCAAUGCAUCAGAGCGUGAAACCGUGGGAACACUGGAACAGUCCACGUCAGUGGUGCAGCGUCAGCCAGCACCAGACACGUCAGCAGCGGUGGGGAACACCACGUCAACGCUCUCAGGCGAUGGGGGGUCUCCAGCAGCAAAUCAAUCGCCACCGUUGUUGUGUUUCCUAUCGGUGGUGGAGAUUUACAAUGAAAGAGCCGUUGACUUGCUGCAAGGAGUAAAACCCAGCUCUGUGCAAGUGAAGGAGAAUGGGAGCAGUCGCAGUGACAGCUCUAAGAGCACUUCUGGCAGCAGUCUCUUACACGCAGCAGGGAGGAAGCUUAUAACGGAGCAGCAGCUGCACUCAGUAGAAGAGGCAGCCGUGGCGUUUGAGCUGGCAGGGCAGAGGCGCAAGGUGCGGGGCACGAACAGGAACAAGCAGAGCAGCCGCUCCCACAUGCUCUACGUUUUUCGGAUUAGAAGAACGCUGCCGGUGAGUGGAGCAGAGGGAAAAGAGAUCGUUGUCGAGGGGAAUGAAGGGCAGUAUAACGAAGGGCUUUAUAGCGAAGGGAUGCUUGGCAGCGGGGGAAGCAGUGGUGGUUUCUGUGCUGUGCUGUUUUGUAUCAACCCUCAGGACGUCCACGUCAGCAAGACCACUCUCAGGUAUUCUGCCAUGACGCGGCGAAUCCGCAUGGACUAUCGCCCUUCGAUACUGUCACUCUCCGCGCCCAAGCAUGCCCCUCCAGUCGUCCACAAGCCAGCCAAGCGCCGGCCAGCAAAGGCCUGCGCUUCCGAGGUACACCCGCACAGCCCCACACCGGCAAAAAGGGGGAAUGGGCAGAAGGGCGUGCGGACAGGUGUGAAACGGGAAUGUGGGUUGAAUGUCGGAGCUGCUGCGGUGGCAUGCGAGGGAGAGGCGGCAGGGGAAGCAGUGCUCGAGUGGUACAAUGGCUACGGUGACUAUAGCGAUAAGGAGAAUGCUAAUAGCGACUAUGCUGUGACAACACAGGCACAUGUGGAGCAGAUGGGGCUGGGAGUCUGUGCUGCUGCCACUGGAGCUGCUGCUGCCGCUGCUGCUUUUGACCCAUCUUACUUUGGUGCCUCCAGCAGCAGUGGCAGCAAGAGUAUCUUGGGAAGCGGUUAUGGAUAUGGGAGCAUUGAUGACUGCAGUAUCAGUUCUCCUGAAAGCAACGAUCUUUCUCCUGACAGUGGCAGUGGCAAUGUGUCUCCCAAUCCCUCCUCACCCAACGCUACCUCGCCCAAAUGCUGCUCACCAAACAGCUGCUCGCCCAAUAGCUCGUGCUCCGAACCUCUCACACCCACUGCCCCCGUGGUCACACCCACACACACGUCCACCACCACCUCUACCUUCUCAUUCUUAUCUGCAUCGUCCACCUCUUCCUGUGCAGCGUCAACACCGCUAUCAACGUCGACAGCACGAUCCACAAUUUCGAUCCCAAUUUCUCCGCUUGGACACCAAUCGCCAGCAGCGUUUCAUCAAACGCUGCACGCAUGCACACCCCCAACCAUCCUCCCCCGCUUGCUAUCCCCGAAUCUUCCAUGCAUGUUUUUAAAACGACGAGCUCCUUCCACUGCUGCUGUCGACACCCCCAACGCUUGUGCUGCUACUGCUGCUCUUGCUGAGAGCAGCGGUGCUGCUGCAGAGCUUGGGUGUGACUCGAGCCAUCCCUUGUCCCACCAGGCGAAUCCAUGGAGGUGUGCAGCUCUGGUGUGCACAGCCAUGCAGUGCAUUGCACUGGACGUGCAGAGCAGAGGGGAUGGGGAGGAGGAGGGAGAUGCGGAUGAAGGCGAAGGGGUGUUUGGUGAAGCAGGAAUCUGCCUGAAGCAAGUGGAGAAAGGGGAGGGGUGGAGGAAAAUGGACCCAAAAGGACAUCGAGUUAUUGCAGGAGAGGAUGGUGCGGCGGAGAAUGCGAAAGGGAACUUGGGAAACAGGAAGAAAUUGAAGGAGAGGGCUGUGGUGCUGCAGCGCUGGUUGGCAAUGGCAUAUGUGUGCUUUAGCAGCCAGGAUGGUGUUGGUGCAGUGCUGUAG